AUGUCAUCAACGGUCAUGUCGGUCAUGUCGGCUGUGCUAUGUCAACUUUUCAGCGGUAAAUUGGGGGUGGAUCGGUGGAUUUGAGGGAUUUUUGGUGUAAAUUAGGAUUCUUAUGAUUAGUAUGUUUUAUUAUUAAUACUAUACACCUACUAUAGGAGGAAAAGUUACAUUUUUGUUAAGUUUGUCAUCUAAAAACACCAAAAAAUGUCACUUUGUGCAACUUUUCUAUUAAAUUGUUACGUCUUUUUAUGACCAAGCAGUUAAUAUACCCUUAAGAAGGCAAAAUAUAUAGGAAUGCUAGGUUAGUACAAAGAUAAUAUUUUUAUGAUAAUUUGAAGUACUUUAUUACCUAUUUUUAGUAUGUGUUCGUACCCCCACCCCAACAUACGCUCCAGAUGUCAUGACGAAUAUAACAGCUAUAAAAGGGCAAAAUGUAGAAUUCAGAUGUCGUAUCGUAGACCCAGGAUCCUAUAUGGUAGCGUUUUUCCGGAUGGAAGACGCACCAAGGUUAAUAUCGUACGAUGAGCAGGUAGGUCAAUACCUAUAUGUUAUAGUAGUAUAUUAUAACAUAUUUUCAUGUUAUCAUAACAAUAUUGACCAAAGAACAUGACUUGUUAUAGUAAACACUCCUCUUAUUGUAUGUGAUGUUACUGUACCCAAUUCGAAGUUGUUUUUUGCCAUUCUUUAUUCAAUUUCCUUCAGGUCUUUCGUCAGAUCGAGAAGUACGAGUUGAAGAAAAAAGUAACAGAGAACGAGUGGAUUCUGACAGUCAAGAAUGUAGACGAAACAGAUGCUGGGGGAUACUCUUGCCAACUCAAUACAAACCCAGUCAUGGCAAGGAUAGGGUAUCUGGCGUUGAGGGGUGAGUUAUUUUUUUCCAUAAAACUAACCAUUUUUAUUUUUUUUUUGUUUUUUUUUAUUUAUGAGUUUUAUUGGCCGAAAGGGUCAUCAAUGAUAAUAUACAUAGGUAUGAGUUCCAAGCUCUUUUUCGUGUCAUAAUUCAUUUUAUAAAGCUGUAAAAUAUAAAAAAUGCCAUUAUAAAUGUAAAAUACUUCACUGUAAUAUAAAUCUAUUAAUUUUUCCUUUCGUUUUUAAGGUAAUUUUGAACAAAUGGUUUUAGUCAUCAUAAUCUGACAAGAGUCACAGAUGGGGUUAAUUUUUGUCGUAACUUUUUUUUCUAGUUUAGGUAAAAACAAGAAAAUUUGUGAGAGUUUAGAUUAUUCUUUAAGCCGUAAACUCUCAUUUUUGCAUUUUUAAAAACAUUGUAUUUUGAAAAGUUACAGUAAUUUUAUUGUACCCCUAAUUUUUUAAAAAUUUAACCUUAACAUUUAAAAAAAAAUCAAAAAUACGACUUUUGUGAAGCAAAAAACGUUGUAGUUAUCUUAAAAUUCUUAUGUGUAAAGCUUGAUUUAUAAAAAUGUUAUAGCUAUUUUAAGCCAAAAAUUUUAAAAAGUUUGAUUUUUUUCCAAAAAAUUGGUUUUAAAAUUUAAAAUCCUAUUAGCAUAUUAGUUAAAAUAUCUAAAACAGAUAUUAAACUCUAUGUUCUAUGCUUUUUUAUUAUUUUCUAACAAAAUCUCUCCAUUUACACUCUUUUUUUUAUGUUAUAGUAGGCUUCCUCCCCUCUUUUCUUAGGUUGUUUAUGUUGUGGUUAAUUCCCGAUGCAGGUAAUUGCUCCCUUCCUUAAAUGCUCUGGCAAGGUGGUAUUCUUUUGUUCUCGUGUUGCAUAUUAGAUCAAAUCUGGCGCCAAUUAUUUUAUUUAUUUCAGUGCCGCCGAUUGUCUCGCGGAGUUCCACGCCGUCGGCAGUCGAGGUCAGGGAGGGUCAUAAUGUCACGCUGAACUGCGAAGCCAAUGGCAAUCCGGCCCCCAAGAUAACGUGGCGACGACAGGAUAGGCAGAUCAUACGAUUCAAUGGGGCCACGGGUUAUGGAGGUAAAAUACGCAAAUUGAUAAGAGUUUGGUAUUAUGUUAUACAUGACAUCAGAACAAAUGGCAAAACCAGAAAAAUUCAAAAAUUGUUUUCAAAAAAGAAAAAAACCUUACACAGUACAAAGAGCAAGAAAAUACCAAAAAUCAUUUAAAAACACACAUCUUACAGUAAAAAACACUAAAAAAUGUCAUUUUAGCCUCAGUAUACAAUGGAUCCGAGCUUACCUUGACUAGGAUCAGUCGAAAACACAUGAGUGAAUAUGUCUGUGUGGCUACAAAUGACAUACCACCAGAUGAAACAUGGACAGUUAAACUUCACGUUACUUGUAGGUUAAUCAUAUCUUACUUUAAAAUGUUACUGUAGAAUACAGUAGGGAAAGAUAGUAGUAGGGUAUUGUAAUGUAGGGUAGGGCAGGGUAGGUUAGGAUAGAGUAGGGUAGAGUAGUGUAGGGUAGGGAAGGAUAAAGCUAUUAUAUAUAGAGGCUGUUUAGCUCUUGAUUAGAGUUUCUACAUUGAUUAAAACCAUGUUACUAUAAUAUCCACCUAUUAUAUUAUCACCUCUAUAUCUCCUUUCCUUUACAGUCGAGCCCUCAGUAAUCCCCCAAAGCACAUUAGUAGAAGUACCAUUACAAUCCCUAGCUCGUAUAGUAUGUAACGUGGAAGCCUGGCCCCGUACCCUGGUAACCUGGUACUUUAACGAUGUAGAACUGUACGAUUCUGGCAGUAUCAGAAUGGAACAGUCGGUGGUAGAGAAGUACAAGAGUGUGCACGUCCUCGAAAUACAGUACACCGAGCCCCGCCACUUCGGACAGUAUCGUUGUGUCGCGGCCAAUGACUACGGUAAACAGUUCGCGACGAUUCGACUGGUCGAGUCGCGUCAAGUCUACAGUUCGAGUCAGAUUGGAACAGAAGGUAUCGUUCUUUCACACUGACUGCUAUUAAAAAUGGCAUAAUUUUCAAAGUUUGACACAGCCUUUGCACUUUUAUCACAAUACUUUGGCAGUUUUAACACUUACAUUGCUGUGUUAUAUUGUUAUAGGCUCGGGAGAUAUUAACCAUGACACGGAAAGCACUCAAACUUCUUCGACAGACGACGAAGAUGGUCCUACUGGUACCGAAGACACUAACACAGGCACGCUUUGCACAUUUCACGCUUUUUUCGAAUUUUAGAUAACAAAUCUUGUGUUAGGGUAGUUUUUGGUCAAAAAGUUCGUGCUAUCUAUUAUUUUUGGGGCAAUUAAAGAUCGUGUUGCCUUUCCUAGCAACUUUUUGACCAAAAUAGUACUCUAACAUAAAGAUAUUUACCGUAGUAAUAUUGUUGUUUUAGAAUUACGCCAAACUGCAUCAGCUCACACUUUGACAGGUAUGAUAACAUAGCUAAUACAUAUUACUUUUUGUAAAAAUUAUUGUACUGCCACUGUUUUUAUUACAAUAACUUCACAGUAAAACGAUAUUUAAGUUUACAGUAACAACAUACCAUUCACAAUAUUUUUUAAUCACAUACGUCUAGAUGUAUAUAGCUGGAAACACUUCCAAAAAAUUAAAACACAAACCUAUAUCAAUUUAGUCCAAUAAACAAAUAAAUAUCUAAACAUACCACUAAUAUUAACUUACUUUAGCUCCAACACUCCUCGUCCUCAUUUGUGCCUCACUCAGGAUACCAGACUUACUCAGGGAUCUGGCCAUAACAUGA